CUACAGAGAACCAGGCACGACAUAUUUGAUACACUUAUUCACUUCCUCACGGUCUCACGAUCCCAAUCCGAGGCUCUUUCAUUCAGAACCUCCUUGGAGAAGUGUGCUUGCAUGGUCGAAACCGACCGCGAUAUCAAACUGAUCCAUAAUCUUCGCGACUUUCGAUACCCCAAAUCGCAAUGCACAUUUACAGAUGUUCUUGACUCGAUAAUGGAGCUGGUCGUUCGUGCUAUCAUCCGUCCAGAGUUAGAUACUGGCAUACCCCAACUUCGCAGGAUGGGGAGGGAAGCGCACAAAGCAGAACGAAGUGGUCUCCAGCCGCAGUGGCCCACAAAGCCUACCAAUACAUUCCCGCAGGGCACGGACGUUACAAUGCAAAUGCUCUGGACAUGGGUUGAUCUAUACGAGGUCACACACAUCGUCACCUACAUUAACAUCCUUCUUCGGUCGUCCGGAAGCACCUUCGUGUCAUCCUUCUCCAAAAUGCCUGAUUAUCCCUCUCGCAUCCUUUCCAUCUUCGAAUCACGGCUCGACAAGCUGAAUUCUGGAAAAUAUCGUGACGUACACCCCUUCGAUCUAGCGUCGAUACACGAUUUUAUACGACUUACGGGGACCAUGGGAUCUGAUUCUAUGUGGAAGGAUUUAGGGAUAAUGAUGCAGAUGGUGAUGCUGUGGCAGCCUUACGGAGAAGCCCUUCUCCUCCUGCUCGCUAAAGCCCUCCGCAUCGCGUCUUCAACUUCCAAUUCCGUCGUUUCACGUCUGAUCAUCAAGGAAUGCUUCCAAGACACUGGGGGGAUGAUACAUCAUCUCUAUCUCAAGCAGAAAGACGUUACACAGUACCACCCAGCUUUUCUACCCAAGUCUCGUAGGAUCGCAGCAGCGAUGACGAGCCCUGAUCCCUAUGCUAGUACUGUAGCGACUCUGAAGUCGUUGCUGGAUAUGGACAAAUGUGGGUUGUACGGCUGUUCGCAGACAUUCACGCUGCGAGGGAAGAGAUUCCAAUACUGUGGGGGCUGCGGGAAGAUUCCGUAUUGUUCCCAAGUAUGCCAAUGACGAGCGUGGAAACAUCCCUGUGCACCUCACAAGACGGUCUGUGUGACGUUGAAGAAGAUAUGUGACGUCGUCAGGAUUACUGGGAGGUCGUGGGUGGAUGUCCCACAGGCGGAGUUUUCGAAGAAAUGCAAAGAGGCUAAUAUCACAGUGGAUGAGGCGAGGAUUCUUGUGAAGUAUCUCGAGGGUAUGUUGGGGCGUUCCGUGUUGUAUAUGUCCUAGUUGUAGUUUGUUCAUGUUCCGAUACAUACCGUUAGAUUCCUCCAAAAAUGCGGCGUUUGUCACUAUUACUCGCAGGAAUGAAAUAUAUCCC